UUGCCGUCUGUUGUCGCAUGUGGGGGAGAUUAUUUACGUCUGCUUAUUGUUUAAAUCCCUGGAUUAAUCGUGCAGUAAUAAUUCAAGAUGACUUCUCUCUGGGAAAAAUUGGUAGAGGCAAUAGAAGGGAAUAAAACAGAACAAGUGCGUGCAGUGUUUGAGACAGCAGAAAGCACCACGCCCCUUCGAUCCGCCACUGGAGAAUCCCCUCUUCAUGUUGCCGUCCGUCACCGUACCACACCAGAAAUAUUUAAAAUAUUGUUAGAGAACACAGAUUUUUCCGCCCGGGAUGUCAGCGGUAACACGGUGGCGGAUCUUGUGUUUUCCACUGAGGAUCUAAAUCCAGAUUUCGAAACAAUAUUAAUUAAUCAUAUUAAGGCGUGGAUUCUAAGGGAGCGUAUAAAUGAAGUGGAGAAGUUGCUUUUAUCUGGUUGGUUGUUUUGGCCCAUAACAGUUGAGCAGGCAAGAAACGUUUCAAAGGAACUGGAAGAGUUUAUCUUUAACAUCCGCCAAUUUCAGGAAAAGGUAGAACAGCUGCACAGAGCGAUUCAAGACGAAAAUCUCCGAGAUAUCAAACAAGUACUGGACAGGAAGAAAUUUAUUCUGGCAGCCGAUCGAACGGGACUUCCUCCUUUUCAUAAGGCUAUUGUAACGGGAAAUGGAGAAAUUAUUGAAUGGUUUUUACAAGAAUUCAAAUUUGCCAUUGAACACAAAGAUAACAUGAAGAGAACUGCGCUGCACUAUGCUGCGGGUCUACCUGAUGCUGGUUAUAUUUAUUCCAUGCUUACUGCCGCCGGAGCCAAAGAGGACGCCGUAGAUACGGCGGGUCUUACACCUAGAGAUAUCUAUGACAAUCCGGAGCAUCUACAGGUCAUGAAAGUCCGCCAAAAUAUAGAGGAAAUUCUAGCUCGGCCAAUUCCAGAACCUAAAUUAGCUGCUUGCAGUUCUCAUCAAAUGUACAUAUCUACCAAUCUCAAAACAAAGCGGGUGCCUCCCCCAAGCACAAUCGAUGGGAAAUAUGUAGCGGAACACCUGGGAACGGCCUUGACCUUGGCCUUGGCCGAGAUUGCUGAAUGUCGACCUUGGGAUCCUAUUGAGUAUUUAGGACAGUGGUUAUAUAAGUACCGAGAAAAUAGGAACUACAUUGACAAGCAAGAGCAAUUAAUGGCAGAAAUACGAGAAGAAGAGAAACAGAAACAAGAAGAGGAAAAAGAGAAGCAACGAAUCAAGGAGGAGCAGGUAGCCAUCAUGGAGGCCGAGCGUAAAGAACGGGAGAGGGCUGAGGAGGAGAGGAAAAGGAAGGAGCAGGAGGAGCUACAGAGACAAGCUCGAGAAAUGGAUGCUUUAGCUCAGAGACCCAACCUUGACACAGUGAAAGAAGAAAGUGAGGAAGAUACAAAUGGAAAGGACAAGCAGGGACAAUCUGAACUUCACAAACUGGCUGCUCAGGAGGGGGCAGACUUAACAGCUUUGUUGAACCUUGGGUAUAACCUUGCAGAGAGAGACAUCACUUGUAAGACUCCUAGGGAUAUUGCAGUAGAGAAGGGCAUUCAAGAAAAUGUAGACGCAAUAGAUAACUACAUUAAGGGACUGAUCGAGAAAGAAAAAUUCAGUUUAUUAGAACAGCUGAUACUGGACGGUUACACAGAGUUCCAGCCAGUUAUAGACAAACUGAGUACUGAAGGUCAAACAGAGGAGGUCAAAAAGUUCCUACAGUCCAUUCCUGAUGUCCAAUCAAAGAUAAGCAAUGUGUUACUGGCUGCCCAACAAGGGGAUCUGACAACCAUUCAAAAUAUUCUGGACAAGAAACUGUCUGUUGUCAAGGACAACAAAGGACAAAGUCCCCUCCACGAAGCUGUGAUCAGGCAGCAUAAAGAUGUCACAGAACACAUAGUAACAGCCUUCCCUGACACAGUAACAUGUAAAGACCAGUUGAACAGAACACCAUAUCAUUAUGCAAUGGGACUAUCAAGUACUGACAUUCAAGAAUUGCUAAAAUCCAAAGGAGCUGAUAAAAAUGCCAAAGAUGUGUAUAUGAGAGUCCCGUCCUAUUACAAAGAGAAUCCAGCAGAUAUUCUGACAUCAGUCAACGAAAGCUCAACAAAAACAGGGCAGGAACAAGCUGAAGACCAGUCAAAAUCUCAGGAUGAGGAGAACCAGUCAAAACCACAGACUGGAGAGGAAAGAUCAGAGGUCACAACUACUAAGGAGGGGACAAAGGACACUCAGGAGGGGUCAAAAGACACUCAGGAGGGGUCAAAGGACACUCAGGAGGAAACAGAUCAGAAACCAUUGACAGAACAAACAGUGGAGCAAAGCAAGAGUCCUGAAAAUCCAGUCACUACAUCUUAACACUCUCCAGAACAAAACAAUGAUGUAGUGUUGUCCUUUCUAUUAUGUACCAUGGUUAAAAGUACCUGGUAUAUUGAUAUAUAGUGUAGCAUCUACAUCCUAUAUAUUAAGUUUAUACAGUAGAUGCAUGUAUACAGUGUAGCACGUCCUACUAGUAUCUUUGUGUACUACUCACUGAUGCUGGCCUCUGGCCACUGUUCAGUUUCAGCAAUACAGGUACCUUCAAAGAAAGCUUCUUAAA